AUGCAGACUUACCGCCAAGAUCCAUCGGCUUCCUCGGUCACGUCUAAGGAUCCCGAGACUGGGACAAUACGAAGCCAAUUAGCCAGCACCGCGCCGACGAGCACGUUACCUUCACAACCACCUCUGACGUGCCUCGCGGGGCCUUUGGAGCCCAAGCAAAGCUCACUCAUCAACUCGAGCACGCUUCCCGCUCUAGACAGAAAAGAUGGUCGACACAACAGGGUUCUGCCGAGCAGCGCGACGUGGACGUCUUCCAGCGCAGACUUGAACUUAUUUCCUGACACAGAUGAGACCCAGGAUCGUCAGCGAUUCGUUCAGGAGUACAACCGACUAGCAAAGAAGCAUGGCAUUCGGGUGCUUGUUGUUGAAGACUUCGAGCGAGGACGACCUGAACUGCCGAUUACCAUGUCAGAAAAGCGACGGUGGUGGUCUCGAGUGUUUCGUUCACCUUCGUCUGGUCCCACCACACGUGGCAUUUUUAGAAUUCCUGGGUCGCUUCGCGUAGUCAACGCAAUCUUCGACUAUUACUGCUACGACAGGACAGGAGAAGACGUGACCAGUACGAUCCGAUGCCCGUCCCUUCCGCUUCACAUUAACGCCGGGGCACACGACGUGGCAUCAGCAUUCAAGAAGCUUCUUUCGGUUCUUCCCGGUGGAAUUCUUGGUUCACUCUCGCUGUUUGACGCAUUUGUCGCCAUACAAAGCCAGCUUCGAGGGGAGCCGGAGUUGAGCAGGACGAAAGAAACGAAACUACGAGCUCGACUUAUUGCCCUAGCAAUUAGCACCACCAAGUCACUAUUCCGCCGAGAAUUAAUAUGUGCGGUGUUCGGUCUCCUUUCUGUCAUUGGCCGUGCCGCUGAGAUGACAGCUCGUGAGGAUGAGCAAGGUCGGCCACUGCCCACUUCAGACCUAAUGGGCUACACUGCUCUAGGCAUUGUUUUUGGGCCACUCCUUGUCGGUGACUUGAUCGAUUCAUAUACAAUGAAGGUCGCAACUCCAUCUUCAGGGCUUCUCCUUUUUCCCCUCACGCCGCCACAGUUGAAAAGAGAGCGACAACGCAAAGGAUUACUGCAGGAAGAUACGAUCUCCUUGCCAGUGGACAAGGUUCAUGUAGCAAAUAACAUCGCGGAAAUGCUAAUCGCGAAUUGGAGGGAAGUUGUCCGGAACAUGAAAAACCUGACGAAGUUGCCAGGAAAUGACCAGGGUGCGGAAAGUGCAAGUCGACGGAUGUUUUUACGGUCUUCUGGCUCCGGACCUGUUACAAUCGGCUUACCCAAAGGUUGGAGAAGCAAACAAUCCUCAUCAGGUAUUUCAAUGAAUAGGGAAGGGUCGCCAGCCCCUGAUACCCCUACACCAGCGUCCAGGACAAUGGGCUUGCCUGUUUCGAAGACAUCAGGAACUCUGGCUGACAAGCUUGAAAUCAAGAGAUGUCGACCUAAGGUGUCACGUUCUGCGUCGUCAAAUCGGCUUUCGCUUCGACAAUCACUUAAUCCACUAUCGCCAACUGCGGAGGAAACCUCAACAGACAGCCGAAGCAUCAGCAAACUUAACAGACCCAUAACACACAGCUCGCAUGUGGCGACGGCUGCGCAACCGACGAUAAACAAGCGAUCAGGAGGAAAACCUGGAAAACCCCUCCCUAUCUCGACUCCGAAAACUGAAAAAAGCGGGAAACUGUUUGAUGAAAUUUACGAGCCUCGUAGUUUUCCAGGUCAGCAUUCUCCUGAGAGUCCUCGUGUAUCGUACGAGUUUGUCCCUGCGAGAAGUUCAUCGAAAUGGGCGUCUAAGGACCUCCAAGGGGCUACUGAAGCCAACUACAAACAGAGCCCCCGUCGGUCUGGAGUGUCGUCGCCACGAUCAUCGAAUGAAAGCAAUGAGAAAGGAACCGCACUGGAUUCCUUUGCCCUCCAUCAACUUGCUAUGGGAAAUGUGAGUGGAACAUCAUCUUCUGGCAGCCCAACAGAAAUGGCACCAGAACGGACACAUUUGUCGCCGGAGAACGUAAGCCCUCGCACUAUCAUCAGCUUGAAGGAUGAGGGUUUCUUGUCUUUGACACACAAGAAGACAGCUACCCGGUCUACAAACUUGGCGGAAGACGAAGAUUUCGAUCGUGACAAGUCACCCUCCAGAAUGCGGACACCUACAGGAAGCGGUAGUAUCUUAACAUCGUUUCGUGGAUCCGAAACAAGGCCUAGCGGCGUGAAGGCUAUGGCGGCAAUGUUCGAGGUAGCCUCUAAGGACUCGCAGUACGUACCUUCGCCAAUGGCUACCCGUCAACCAAGGGCGAAUAAACUUGUCACAAGUCUCUCCAACUCGAUGACUAACACACCUUCACCAAAAUCUCUGAAGUUAGCGAGAUCAGCGUGGAGCCUAGGGAAGGUCAGCAUUAAGCAGCGAUCUCAGAGCUCCGAUGGAAGUAGUAAGACCAAAUGCAGUAGUCAAAAAAUCCAACGUAUCGUCAUGGCUGAAAAUGUUGCCCAUUCAGCCGAGAAGCCAAAUUUUGGGAGGCUUCGACGAGCUCCCAAUAUCCAGAGCCACCAAAAAGCUCCCACCGAGGCACCUGCUUUUAACGAAGACAGGAACCCACCUACUUUGGGUACUAUGGUUAGUCCCGCCGAGCAGCCUCCGAUUGCUCAGCAUGUCAACUUCCCUCGGCCACCAUCGUCCUCGUCUAUCCGCCAGCCUGGUGAGGAGCUGAUACCUCAGCGACCAGGAAGUCCGGGUGGAAAUUCGUUGCUUCACGCGCAAACCCGUACACUGCAAAGACAGCUAGAUGCUAAGACUGAGGAGGCCGCGUCGCUACGACGUCAGCUAGAGACGCGAGAAAACGUAGAUGUCGGGAUUCUUAGCGAACAAUUGCGGUCAGCAAAACGUGAGUGUGCUAUGUGGAAAGGGCGAGCAGAAGCAGCUGAGAAACGGGUGGCUGCACUUGAACGAUUCACUCGCAGGCUGCGAAAUAUCAAGGGGGGAGAUGCACAGGAUGACGUUGACAGUUUGUCGGCAAAGAGCCGAGGAAGUAGAGAAACGACAGGGACCGAGGACGAGGAGCUAGUGGCAUCAAGAAUCAGAACAGCAUUCAUGGACAUGAACGGAAUUAGAAACGUCGAUGGCGGUGCGUCUGCAUGGUGGAACGAGCGAAGAAGCGGGAAUGACUCGAGAGUUGAUAAGAAGCAGCACGCUGGUAUGACUGAACAGUCAGCCAUGCUGAAAAUCGCGGAGGCUGUACAAAAAUUACUAGCGGACGAGGGACUGGAGUAG